AUGACAGGAGAAAAAAUACUUCAUUCGCAGUUGUUAACCAACAGCGACAUGUCUAGCGGGAAUGUCCACCAUACGAAACCGAUGAUGUACAACGUAACCCUGCCUUCCUACAACAGCAGUAGUAUAGGUCCAGUCGAUAAUUUGAAAAUAAACGAGAGACCUGGCUCUCAUGAUCAUUCCAUGAGAAGUGAAAUGUCAUCCAAAAACUCCGGAAGCGAUUUUAUGCCACAAUCUAUUUCACGUUCCGAAGGUAGUGUCUACCAGGUCAAGAUAGAUCGUGGUGACUCCCCGAAUACAGAAGGAUUCGACUUUAAAGUUAAUGCAAGAGAUCUGCUGUUACUUCGAAUGUCCUGGGAUAUCCUCCUCAGGGAGUAUUUAACACCUAAAGAAUUAAAAGUUUUUCAAGCACUUCUGUAUUCCAAUAAACAUAUUACUUCAACAGAAAGACCCUAUUUGAAUACUGCUCCUGACGGUAUGAUUUCCAAAACUAUUGACCCUACUGCCAGGCCACGUAAAACAAAACAAAGGGACAAUGAUAACAAGGUUGAUACUGCACUAUUUUGUUCACAGUUUUAUGACAAUUUGAUUGCAAUGGAUCCCUUGUUAGAAGAAUAUUUUCCAUCAUUAAAACAUCAAGCAGUUUCGUUCUGUAAGGUCCUUGAUUCUGCUAUUGACAACCUUGAAAACGUUCAUGUCCUAGAUGAUUAUAUUGUGAAAUUAGGAAAACGCCAUUCCAGAAUUCUCGGCAUCAAAACCGUUGGUUUCGAAGUAAUGGGAAAAGCAUUUAUGACUACAUUGCAGGACAGGUUUGGAUCUUUUCUCACACUGGAACUCAAAAAUCUAUGGGGACAACUUUACUCAUAUUUGGCAAAUUGUAUGAUUACUGCAGGGAAGGACCCAAUGGAAAAGAUUCAACCAGAUUUUUCGUAUAAUGGUGACUCUGUGGUUUUAAAUUUUUCCAUUCCCAAACUUGCGAUGCAUGAUAUAAGUACAGUUAACAAGCUACAAAUGGUGAAAACUAAAAACGCUACUAUACCUCAUAAUAUAACACAAGUACCGACAAAUAAAAUUCCUACAGAAAUACUCUUAGACAAUUCUUCUACUCCAAUAAAAAGCGACCGUGAAUCGACGCCUCCAAUCUCACCAAAGGGCUCUGGAAGUACAAAACCAAGCAUCGGUAGCAGUACCGUCGUGGAAAGUAAUACCAAGAAAAAUAAUUAUGAUGAAAAAAUCCAUUUAUUGCAAAAAACUGCUCAGCAGAAGAACUGCUCGAUUAUGUAA